AUGCUCCAAAGCCUGUACCUACUCCGCCAGGGCACGGAGAUCACGGACGAGGAUCUCGGCAACAUCAAGACCCUCAGUGAGCGUGUGAUCGAGCUCACGGAGUACCGAGCUUCGCUGUCCGAGUACCUCAAGCUGCGGAUGAACGCCAUCGCUCCGAAUCUGACCUACAUGGUCGGGGAGCUCGUGGGCGCACGGCUCAUCUCCCAAGCCGGGUCGUUGAUGAGCUUGGCCAAGCAUCCAUCCAGCACGGUGCAGAUUCUUGGUGCUGAGAAGGCGCUCUUCAGGGCUUUGAAGACCAAGAAAAGCACGCCGAAGUACGGGUUGAUCUACCACGCCUCUUUGGUGGGCCAGUCCGCCCCGGCUUUGAAGGGCAAAAUCUCCCGGGUCUUGGCCGCCAAGCUUUCGCUUUGCUGCCGCGUCGACGCUCUCGGAGACCAGGUGGAGCCGACCCUCGGGGAGGAGUUCAAAGAGUACGUGGAGAAGCGCCUGGCUACACUGGAGGAGGGUGGCAUGAAGUCGCAGAACAAGGGCAUCAGCAGGCCCAAUGUCGGCAAGCACCAGAAGAGGCCCGCGGUGAAGGGCAGCGCCACGGCCUACAGUGCGGAGGACGACGUGGUUGAGGAAGCACCCAAGAGGAAGAAGAAGGUGGCAGAGGAGGAAGAAGCCGAGCCGGCUCCGAAGAAGAAAAAGAAGAAGGCGGCCGACGCCGAAGAGGCGGAGGCCGAGGAAGAGGAGGCACCCAAGAAGAAGAAGAAGAGAGCAGCCUGA